AUGGUGCUCGUCGAUACAGAAUCUGCCUCACAUCUCAAACCAUGGCUUGUCAGAACUCUUGAACCCAUAUGCGAUGCAGAGCCAGGCGCUUUGGCAGACUAUAUUCUUGCCCUACUGCAACACAAUGUCCCCGAAAACGAGAUGCGAGAAGAACUGGCUGUUCAGCUCGAUGAAUUUCUCGAAAAAGAGUGCAGCUCAUUUGUUGAUACGCUGUUCACCGUCAUCCGCACGAAAUCGUACAUGCCCUACAGCGCCAUUCCGUCCCCCAAACCACAAGAUAGUGGAAUCCCAAUCCCAUUAGACGCCCUGCUGCCAUCGCCGUCAGACAGAAUACGGAAGCGGAGUACGACCGAUGAUGAGCGUGAUGGACGUCCGCCUGCAAAGGGCCCACGGCUGAAUACCGACGGUCAGUUUUCGCGGUAUGGCAAUGGAGGGGACGGCCGUAUGGGUGCUCAGUCUUCCGGAGCGUGGGGCCGCCCGCCAGUCGAUAGGUUCGGCAACGGGGGAAUGGGCAUGGGUAUGGGUGGAUAUCCUGGGCAGAUGGUUGCAAUGGGUAUGAACGGGAUGAAUGGCAUGAACGGUAUGGGGCUCAUGAACGGCAGGAGACCACAGGGAUACCAACCGCCAGACCAAAAACGAGGUGUCUGUCGGGAUUAUCACAAUAACGGAUACUGCGCGCGCGGUGCGACGUGCAAGUACAGCCAUGGAGAUGACGCUGUCGUCCCAGGGCAACUAUUCCCUGGUGCUGGCAUGCCUUUCAUGCCCAUGUUCCCCGGUGGCCCUACUGGGAUGCCUUUCAUGCAAAAUGCUGCUUACGACCCACAUGAAGCCAGAAUGGAUAUGAGACCAAUGGGCGGCCGUCCACCCCACCAGCGGGCGCCUUUAUUGCCCAGAAUACAGCAGGAAGAUGGAAGCAGAGUGGUCCACCCCAUUAAUGCGUCCGGAGAGCUUCCUGUGAUCCAAGAUUUAACUCCAAUCGUCCCUCAAGACGCCCCGUCGCUUGAACCAUUACCACACGGAGACGUCGACAUGCACCAGGUCAAUAACCAAGGUCCAUCGGUGAACCCCCCUCACCUCGGAGGCGGCUACAAUCCCAUGAUGAACAACAUGAACGGGGGAUAUCUACCAAACAUGGACGUCGAUAACAAUGCGCAUAUGCCCGGGAUGCGCCCACCGACGCUAGGUCGUGGUCAAGGGCAGUAUCGUGGUGGGAGAGGUGGUCCUGGAGGAAGAGGACGAGGUACAUUUGGCGGUGAAGUGCACAACUUCCGCCCAGAAAAACGUAACGACAAAACAUUGGUCGUAGAAAAGAUCCCUGAAGACAAGCUGUCAUUGGAAGGCGUGAAUGACUGGUUUAAGCGCUUCGGGACUGUAACGAACGUCGCGAUUGACCCUACGAAUGCAAAGGCUCUGGUGAGCUUCUCAAACCAUGAUGAGGCGCAUGCUGCGUGGAAGUCAGAGGACGCUGUAUUUGGGAAUAGAUUCGUGAAGGUGUUUUGGCAUCGUCCGAUGGAGGGACAUGGUCAGAUCGGGCAGCGCAUGUUGGCUGCAUCUGCGCCACUUGUAGCUAAUAUGACUUCGAAAUCGGCCUCCCCUGCUCCUCAGCAGCAACCUCCAUCUGCGGGACCUGUUUCGACUUCGACAACACCUGCCGCCGCCGCUGCAGGAGCGAGCGCGACGCCACGUAAAUCUGCAACGCCGGCUACCUCUUCAGCAGCAACCUUAGCGAUCGAGGAGAAGCGGCAGCAGCUCGAGCAGACGAUUGCUGAACAAAAUGCGCUGAUUGCAUCGUAUUCCACUGCCCCGGCAGAUGAGAAAAAGGGAAUCAUGGCGCGAUUAAGGAAGAUAGAUGAGGAGAUGAAGGCGUUGAAGGAGUCGAUUUCAUCCUCUUUACCACCCGCGGCGUCCACAUCCGCCAGUUCGAGUAGCACAGCAGCUGCAUCUGCGAAGAAGUCCGUGAAUACUACGGCAGACCGCGAGAGAUUGGAACGCGAGCGGUUGGAUAAAGAGUUGGAUAUGCCCAAUGGUACGGGCACCAGUGAAGGUGGCGGAGAGACUACGGAGGAUCUGAAGGCAAAAUUGGAAAAACUAAAGGCAGAGGCUGCCAGUCUAGGAUUGGACUCUGCGCUGCCGUCAUCAUCUUACAGAGGAGGAUAUCGAGGGCGGGGAAGAGGUGCUCCUCGGAGUUACUUCCGUGGGGCUACUAUGCGUGGUGGCCCUCCUCGCGCAAGCAUGAAGUUGGAUAACCGUCCAAAAAAAUUGCUCGUGAAAAAUGUGCCUGAAGAUUCCGCUCAAGCGUUGAGGGAUUGGUAUGAGACCACAGGUCAAUUGGAGUCUGUUGAACCUGUAGAUGGUGCUGGCGGAAGCACAUAUAUUGUGUCAUUCAAGUCUAGAUCUGCGGCGGAAGCGGGUCUGUCAAAAGGUGCCAAUAUCCCAAUUGUUGGUUCUGUACAGAUAUCGUGGUAUACUGGAAAAGAGGGAGCUAGCACUGUGACACCAACACAAACAACGAAGGCCCUUCCUAGCGAGUCGAGUAGUAGUGCACCUGCUGCAAGUCAUAGUUCUGAAUAUGGACAUGAAGCACCACCACGAUCGCCAGAAAGCCAUGCUGCGCAUCAUCUACACGAGGAAGAGAUUAUUGCUAGCGGGUGGGGAGGAGGUGACGAUGAAGAUGGCAUGGGUCUGCUGUAG